AUGGACGACUACUUUCGAGUAGUGGUGACACUAUUGGGCCCGCUCCCGCCCGAGUCGUACCUCGACGCCCGCAAGGGGCUCCGCACCCUAGCCGACUUCCUGUUGACACAAUCGUUUGGCCUUAAAGCGUUCCAGAAGCGCAGCGUUACUUUCGGCCACUUAUCGAUGCACCCUACCCCCGUCGGCUCAGUGUUGUCGGUGGAGACCGGCGGAGUGUCGGUGGCUACCAAGUAUACCGGUGCCCUCCGCCAUCGCUACGUCGAAGGGUGUCCCCACUUUGCCCUUGCCGCCUACUUGUUCUCCCGGUUCCACAUUGCCGACGAUUAUGGCGCAAUCGAGUUGAAGAACAUCGAGCUCAAUCGAUAUAAUAUCGCCGACAUCAUGCUCCUUUGGGGCAACAAUAAGUUCCAGCUGAUCAGCUACAGCCAACAGCAUAAUCUGGCCACUAGUGCUCUCUAUACUGCUGGCGUCAAAGGGAUGCCACCGCUGUCGGAUAAUAAACCCACAGCGCUGGCAGUGGAGCACCUUGACCUUGCCCACUUAGUGGAACACGCUGGAUUCCUGCUGGUAGCCGACUACCACAUUGUUCGAGACGAAGUGCCGCCUCCCCCGGAAGUGGUGUCCCAGAUCUUCACCUUUGUCGACACCGAAAACAAUAUUGGCACCGUGCGGGCGCAAUUCCACCAUUUGUGCCGCCAAUUACGGGUGCUGUUGGUUCAGGACAUGGCCUUAAUUCGCAACCGGUACCCCCACCUGCCGCUUCUGCGCCACCCUCUCUUCCAGCUGAAGCAGUUUGACGACUACUGCGAUAAGGUAUGGGCAUUGGACCCGCCCCAGUACCGGUUGGCGACGUUCCUGCUGCCGAUACCGAUGCCGUCUGACGUCCACCUGCUCCAGGAACAGCUCCGUCAGGCCCACGACCAAUUGGUUCACAUGCUGCAUGACUUUGACUCGUUUGUGCUUCGCCAGCGCCAGCAGUACGCCCACCAAGUCCACUACCUCCAGCAGUUACGCAACGUGUGCCACGGGUGCUACUUGCUCACCUACAACUUCUACAGCCACAACCAGCUCAUCCUCAUCCAGCAAAACUUAUCUAAUGCCUCCCAUCUUAUUGAGACGAACCUCCAUAUUCUGCAAGAAAUCAUGGAAAACCAAGGGGUGCUUGGUAUGAUGGCUGACUCUAUCAAAGCGACAGCAGCGUCGCUCGCCUUACCCGAGGACCCAGUAUCAAGUCCCAGCUACCCUAGUGACGACGAUACUCACGCCUGGCGUAAAGAAGUGAUCAAAACGUUAUCUCCAGUGGUACUGCCGCAACUGGCACUCCGGCUGGCUGUUCUCAACCGGCGGCUUCUGCGCCAAGCCACGACUCUCUACGAGAUGUGGAACGAUUUCAAGGACGUCGAACGUGGAUUAGCAGCCCACAACAUCACGGUGACGGAGUGGCUUAAAGUGCACGGGCUGCUGGAGCGUCAGUUCCGCCACACUCGCCACAAGAUCAUUAAAUUCAUUGAAGAAGAGGCGAUGCGGCGCCAAACAUCGGUGGACGUAAUCAAGGACAUGUUACACCGCAAAAUGAUUUCGGGCGACCGGCCCAUGUCCCUUGACCAGCUCCAACGGAUGCUUACCAGUGGCCGCCGCAUUGACCUUAAUUGA